AUGCUCAUCGCAGCCAAAUUGUUUGCAUCACGAGCAGUCUCCCGGCGGCCAUUGACCCAUCAAACUUCCUUGAAUCCUACCAUCUCGUCUCAAUCCCUCCUCAACUCCGCAUCAAGGCACUCGAUUUCUAAUACUUCACCCCUCUUUCCUGCGACUCCCACGCAACUGAAUUCGAUAUGGGCAAAUCUUCCAGUCAGAAGAUCCUUUCAAACGGGAUGCAGCCUAUGGCAACAGCAGCAGAAGCGUCCGGAACAAGCAAGUGCGGAGAAUCCGAAAUUAGAUGAAUCGUCGGAAAAGGCAAAGAACGAGAGAGAAGCGCAAAACCCAAAUUCCCAGGAAGAAGGAAAGAAGGCAAAAGAUGAACCACCACCUCCACCACCUCCCCAUGGUGAUAAAACUCCAUGGCAGGUGUUUACCGAGACCCUACGAUCCGAGUUCAAGGCCUCGAAGGAAUGGAAUGAAUCAACAAAAGCUCUAGCCUCGUCGGCACAUCAAUUCACCGAAAGUGAAUCUGUUAAGAGGGCUAGAGCCGCGUACGAGGCUGCUUCUGGCGCUGCUACGUCCAAAACUUCUUCGGCUAUAAAAACUACGGGUAAGGUUAUUGGUCAAGGAGCCGCAUGGACUUGGGAUACUUCGGUUGUCAAGGGACUCAGGUCAGGAGUAUCUGCCACCGGAAAGGGUAUUGAAAUGGCUACCAGACCGGUUCGUGAAACCGCCGCCUAUAAAACAGCAGUUGGUGGAGUGAAGGAGGCAAUAGACGAUGGUAGUAGCUCCCGGUAUGGAGGUUGGAUGGAAAAGGAGGAACGACGAAAGCAAAGAGAGCUGCGGGAACUUGCGGAGGCUAAAUCCGGCCGUCGUAAGAUAGAGAAGAUGGUGGAAGAUCCGAAUGCCGGCACCCACGUCACCCUCCACAAGGACGCGGCUUGGAAAGAAUCGUGGAAAGAAUUUAAAGAUUCUAGUCGCCUUAUGCAAUCAUAUUUCAACCUUAAACAUACGUAUAAUGAAUCUGACAAUCCGCUAGUCACAACCCUCCGGGGAAUUUCGGAUCGGGUGGCGGGAUGGUUUGCAGAAAAUGAAACAGCUAUGGUCAUCAAAAAGUUCCGCGAAAUGGAUCCAAGCUUCCAAAUCGAACCCUUCUUACGAGAAUUGCGCGAAUAUAUGCUGCCUGAGGUGCUGGAUGCCUAUGUUAAAGGGGAUGUUGAGACUCUUAAACUUUGGCUUUCAGAAGCCCAGUAUAACGUUUAUGCUGCUCUUGCCCAACAAUACACGACCGCUGGACUGAAAUCAGACGGUCGAAUCCUCGAUAUCCGACAUGUCGAUAUCUCUCAUGCCCGCAUGCUUGAGCCAGGUGACAUCCCAGUUUUCAUCAUCACCUGCCGAACACAGGAAGUCCAUGUUUAUCGCAAUGUUAAAACCAAAGAGCUAGCGGCUGGUAUGGAAGACAAAGUCCAACUAGUCACCUAUGCCAUCGGCAUGACUAGAAUCCCAGAAGAUGUGAACAAUCCUGAAACUCGAGGAUGGAGAAUGAUCGAGCUGCAGAAGUCUGGACGUGACUAUAUCUAG